GGGCGACUGGGCGCAGGAGGGGAACCAGCGGUCAGAAGCAACACGAGGAUGGUAUGGUGACGCAGGUCAUGAUGAGUAGUAUUGUAUUAAUUUAUAUGUUUGGAAAGAAUGCGACUGUGCGCCGUGCUCGCAUGCUGCGUAGAGCAUAUGCUGCCGUUGCGCCGGAUACGCACCGCAGCUGCUCAGCAGAGCAGUGUCUACCAAACGCCACGAAUACCGGACAUGUGCCACGCACCAUGCGCCACGCACCAUGCGCCAGGCAGCUCCAAAUGAUUGUACAAACACCGCCCAGAUGCAAAGCAGCGAUUGAUGCC